UGCGACCCAAGGCCGGCCUCCAACACGCUUUGCGCCCCGCGCGCUCCGCCUUGGAGAAGCCCCGCCAGGCGCUGGCACUUCCUCCUUCCCAGCAGGCCUGGAUGUGGGGUAAAGGUGAGAGGAGAAGCGAGCCAAGAAGCAGAAGCCUCCGCCUUCCGCCGCUCCCGCUUGAGCAAACUCGGGCUUCACUGUUGGGGCUGGAGACCGAGGGACGGGCGGCGGCGAAGACCCCGACUGCUACGCCGAGGCCUCUCCGAACGGGAAAGCGAGCAAGCAGCGCGGCCUGCGAGGCGCCGGGGCUCAGAUCGUCAUGGAAAACCAAGUGACUGAUUCUUCCGAAGAGCGUACAUUUCAGUAUCAGAGUUCGCUCCCUUCACUGCCCGUUCCUGUUCUUGACGAAUCUUUAAGGAAGUACCUCGAUUCAGUGAGACCUUUCCUAAACCAAGAAGAAUAUCAGAGAACUUCUGACAUAGUAAAGAGAUUUGGAAAUGGGAUUGGGAAAGAGCUACAUCAAAAAUUACUUGAAAGAGCUAAAGUGAAGAGGAACUGGCUGGAGGAAUGGUGGCUGAAUGCGGCCUAUCUUGAUGCACGUUUACCAACACAAAUCUAUCAUAAUUUUGGAGGGCCAGGCCCUUACCUCGAACAUUACUGGCCACCCAAAGAAGGGACUCAGAUAGAAAGAGGAAGCAUUGCUGUAUGGCAUACCUUGAAAUUCUGGGAACUAUUGAGAACAGAAAAGUUGCCUGUACAUAAACAUGGCAAUAUGCCUCUGGAUAUGAAUCAGUUCCGAAAGUUGUUUAGCACCUGCAAGAUUCCAGGAAUUGCACAAGAUUCCAUUGCCAGUUAUUUUAGGACAGACAGUGAAGGUGAAUCCCCAUCUCACUUGAUAGUGUUGUGCCAAGGUCGAAUUUUUGCAUUUGAUGGGGUACAUGAUGGUCAAUUAUUGAGCCCACCAGAAAUUUUUAGGCAACUUUCCUACAUCAAAAAGAGAUGCCAAAACGAACCCAAAGGGCCAGGAUUGGCUGCCUUAACAUCUCAGGAAAGAACCCCAUGGGCAAAGACACGCGACUAUCUUAUCAACUUGGAUCCAAAGAACCUGUCCCUGUUGGAAAAAAUACAGAGCAGUUUAUUUGUAGUCUGCCUCGAUGGAUCGAGUCCUCAAGCUACACCUGAAAAUUAUACAGAGAUCACCACUUUGGCUCUAUCGGGAGAUCCAACGCUACGCUGGGGAGACAAAUCGUACAACUGCAUUAUAUUCUCAAAUGGAGUGUUGGGUUCAAACUGUGAUCAUUCUCCUCUAGAUGCCAUGGUUUUGGUAGUCCUCUGUUCUUACAUCGAUGCCAAGGUUGCUGAGUCGGAGGGAAGGUGGAAGGGACCAGACAAAGUGCGGGAUAUCCCCUGGCCAGAGGAACUUGUGUUCAGGUUGGAUCAGAAAGUGCUAAAUGACAUUGCACACUCUAAGGAACAGUAUGAGAAGCAGGUGUCUGACAUAGAGGUGGUGAAUUAUGCCUUUACAACCUUCGGCAAAGCGCUGAUCAAGAAACAGCAGUUGCAUCCCGAUACAUUUGUUCAGCUUGCUCUCCAGCUGGCGUACUAUAAACGUCACGGACACCCAGGUUGCUGCUAUGAAACUGCUAUGACCAGACGUUUUUACCAUGGCCGGACAGAGACUAUGAGACCGUGCACCAUGGAAGCAGUUGAAUGGUGCAAAUCCAUGGUAGAUCCAGCCUUUACUCUCGGCCAACGAAAACAGCUUAUGCUGAAGGCAUUUGCAAAGCACAAUAAACUGAUGAAAGAAUGUGAGAAUGGAAAAGGAUUUGACCGCCAUCUUUUAGGUCUCCUGCUUCUGUCAAAGGAGCACAGCCUUCCUGUGCCAGAACUCUUCUUAGAUCCUGCUUUCUCUAGAAGUGGGGGAGGUGGAAACUUUGUGCUUUCAACUAGCCUUGUCGGCUACACGAGAGUCGGGGGAGCUGUGGUUCCAAUGGUGCACCAGGGCUACGGCUUUUUCUACAGAAUUAGAGACGACAGGAUUGUUGUGGCCUGCACCACCUGGAAGUCAUGUCCAGAGACGGAUGCAGAAAAUCUGUGUCAAAUUCUGUUCCAGUGUUUACAGGACAUGGUCAAGUUAAUGAGCACAGCCCAGCUGUAGAGAAGAAGCUGACACUAUAUAGUGCCUUUAAUGCUUUGUGCAAUUACUAUGUCUGUGUAUCCUGUACACUUGAGGGAGGAAAGUUUAAGCCAAGAGGAGUGUUUACAACUAGGUAAGCUACUUUCCGGUUGAGCAUAGGCAGGGAGAAUGCAAAACUUUUCUUUUUUUUUAUAAUGACCUUUACUGCAAUAACAAUGCAAUAGUUUUCCUUGAAUAAUGUUGCAACAGCAAUGCAAAAAUGACAAACUCUUAGUAGAAACUAUGCAAUAUUAAACCAAGCCUCAGCAAUGCAAAAACAUGAGCGAAUCAGUGGUAGUUCAGAAAAUGGUACACAUGCUCUGUGCCUUAGAGCAGCCUUUGCAAGGAUUAUGAAUCAUGAUUCCUUUCUAGACAGGAUGAUUAUAACAUGGCUCUCAGAAUAUUUAUCUUCUAAAGAAGGGGUGGGUAAGCUUUUCGGGACCAUGGGCAAAAAAAUCACCCUUGGCCAGCCUUACAUGAGCUGCUUGCCAGCAGUGGAUAUGCGCGUGUGCGCACACACACAAACACACCACUUGCCACACACUCAGGCAGGUAAGCACUCAGCUGCUCAUCAAAUUAUCAGUCUAGUGAUGGGGGAUGUAUUUGUAUUUCUACCUUUAAAAAAAAGAAUGGCAGAAAAACUUGGUUGUGGGGCUGGGUAAGCCUCGACCCCCCCCCCUGCUAGCCAUUAGUCACCCCUGGUGUAAUGUAAUCAUGAUAGGUAUUGGGAUUAUUGCUUUAUAUAAUUCUUCACUACUGUCCUAUUUUCUGUGAUGGGAUCUUUGCAACUCAAAAACCACCACUUAAAAAAAAGGCUUUUGAACAGAAUGAUCAUGUGCGAAACUUGUUUUAAAAUUUUACUUUUAUUUUCCAAACCAAGAAUAUAAAGUGAAACUGUACUUGAAAGCUUGC